AAAAUUUCAAUUUUUUUUUAUCACAAGAAAACUCAUAUCAAAUUUUGAAUGUACUAGGACCACUAAACAAUAAUGAAUGAAAAAACUUGGCACAACAGGUUUUCCUGUGACAUCAAAACAUAUAUGGCAUUUCUUUAAAAAUAAUAUAUAUAGAAAAAAUACUUAUGACCUUCGUGAAUAUUCUGGAAGGUCUUGUUUUUAGACUCCGGACGUUGAUAGAAUUUUUAAAUAUAUGUAUGAUUAAAUUUGAGUGAUGACAUGAUGACCUCCAUGUGGUUUAAAAUCCUUCAGCCAAUCAAUGAAAGAAACAUGGAUCUGCAAGAGAUCAAUGCCCCGCGAGAACGCUGAAGUUAGAAAUGUAGAAAGCCUUCUUGUGGAUUUGCAAUUUCUAUGCAACUAGUGGAAAGCAAUUUAUAGUAAAUGCACAUUUGCUGCAGAGAAUUCCAAGCAUGUCGAAACGAAUUUACCAUCAUUUAUUCAUCAUUAUUCCGUUAAUGUAUCUGAUAGGUUCUCCAAUGGAGCUGUUCACCGCAGACAUGUUUACGAUGUAAAGUUUGAAACCCGUCUUAUUGAAUGCCAUCAAUGCUCGAAAAUUAGGGAGACUUUUCCCCAAUAUUUGCAUCGCUUUGAGAAUAUUUUGAACUUUACCCGUUUCUGCUUCAAGCGGUGACCGUUCGUUUAGUGCUUUAGCAAGGUUCAAAAAUGUUCAUCGUUCAUGCUCGUCACUGGGCAGGAAUUCAGGACUGGCUACACUGUAUUAUCGACGCAUUCGCUCUCGCCAAAAGCUCAAAAAGCUCAUUUUUAAGUUCCAAAAAAUUUAAGAUUGGAGGAUUUUAAACUUCAUGUUCAAAAACUUAAUCAUGAUACUAAACGGAUUUCAAAAGAACCGUUUUUUCAUUAAUUAGAUCGAUAAAUAAAAUUUUGAAUGAGUUGUUUCUGUUUUCUUAUUAAAUGUCCAUUCUUGCUAUUUCUACCCCUAGGCCCCAACUUUCUUUCUUUCCCUGGGCCCGGUUUCUCUCUACGACCCCGGAUAUGGCAAAAGGCAUAUGAUUUCUUGUUCUUGUUUCUCCUAACCUAUUAGCAGUCUCGCACAAUUUACACAACAUUUACAAUAUGGAACGCAGAAUUUAUUUUAAUUUCUCACAGAAAAUCCAAAAUAGUCUAAAUAGCACAUAAACAAAAAUCUUCACGAAGUUCGUAUGGCAAAAACAGUGUUUACCAGUGUAAUAUUUCUUAUACAACUUUUUACUAAAAUAAAAGAAAAAUGAUUAUUUUCGUAAGUCUGCAAUAAAUAUUUGGGUAAUAUAUGAUAUCUAGAUUCAGCACGAUAAUAUUAUAUUUUUUAUAAUUGUUCAAAAGAUGCUUUAAAGUCUUAAUAAAUGUAUAAUAUUUCGGUCAAACUAUCAAAUAACUGAUUAAAAAUAUUAUCUAUUUCUCUAAUCACCUCCAAAAAAUGCAUAUCAAGUAGUACAAUUUAAAUUAUUAUUAUUAUUAUUAUACCUGGUAACAUCUUUAAGAAUUGUUUGCUUUAAUUUUCAAUACAACCCUGCUCUUCAAUGACAGCAAGUGCAACAGCGGAAAGAAAAAUAUGUGCAGGAAGCUUAAUUUAGUGAUUUGAGUGGAGUUAUUCACAUUUUUUUUUAAUAUUUUACGUUCAAUGAGUUUCUAAUGGUCCAAUUGGAAAUAUGGCGUGAUAAAGUUAACGUUUUGCUAAGUGCUUCAAUGUAAAUGUGUUAGUUAUGUUAGUAUUGACCUCGAAUGAACUGAAGUUGAGCGACCUCCCAAGAACAUCAAUGUAGCAGAAAGCAGCAUAAAAGAACACAAAUAAAUCAGUGAGAAUAAUCAGUCAUAGUUUUAUAUUAAUAUAUAGAGGGAAAUCUAUAACAUCUAUUGUGUUAAUAUUAACGCAUCUCGUCAGAUAUGGGCGCAAGUGGUUUUAAAAACGAAGAUAACAAAACAGCAGCAACAAUUGUGCAUCACGUUACUGGAAGCGGUAAUGGUACAAGUGGUAGUGGUGUAGCGAAUACAGCAACAGCGACCAAUAUGAGCAUUGAAACGUGUCUGGUGUGUGGGGAUCGUGCUUCAGGUCGGCAUUAUGGAGCUAUAUCAUGUGAAGGCUGUAAAGGCUUUUUCAAGCGGUCCAUACGCAAACAAUUGGGAUAUCAGUGUCGGGGAUCCAUGAACUGUGAAGUUACCAAACAUCAUCGCAAUCGUUGUCAAUUCUGCCGCCUCCAGAAAUGUUUAGCCAGCGGAAUGCGAAGUGAUUCUGUUCAACAUGAACGUAAGCCGAUCGUUGAUAAGAAGGAGUUCGCCGGAAGCUCAUCUUCUGGAUCAUCCACUUCAACAGUGACCAAUGCUGCGGCAGCUGCCGCCGUUUUGAGUGCUAACACUGCUGCAACGGGCAGCGGGAGUUUGCUCUUCGGUCACAAUCUAAGUACAAACACUGCUACUGUCAACAAGUCUGAGGCACCAACUACUUCAAAGUCUUCUAUAUUCUCUUAUAAUAUGAGUCUGCCGGAAAUGAGACAAGCAUUUGUAAACAACACAGAUGUAUCCGUUCCACCUUUACCUUUUCACCUAACAUUUGCCGAAAUGAGACAAAUUAUAGAAAAUGCAAAAAAUUUCCAACAAGAAAAACAGGUUCCCAUUCAAAAUCUCCCGCCCCAGUCACUUUACUUUUCACCAGACUUACCGAAAGCUGAUGAUGAAGAGGACGAUGAUGACGAGUCUAUGGACAAUAGCAGCACUACGUGUUUGCAAAACUUAACUUCCAACGCAAACAAUAACAAUACGCAAAACUUAAAUCUGAAUAUAGAAGCGAUGCGUAGUCCUGCCACGGCAGUCGGGCAAAUACAAACAGCAUUGGACAGAUGUGUAAUCGAGAAAGCGUUGCAAUUGCUGAUCCCUAUUCAAAAUCAAUUAGAUCGUUUGUCCUUAGCAGCUGGUAAUGGUAAUGCGGGCAACUCCCCUACUAUCAAAAAUGAAAUAAACGAUGACGACAUGGGCGAAGACAGCAGCGCUGACGAUGAAUAUGAAGUAGCUGAAACAAUACUUGGUGUGGACAAUACAAAGGAGUUCGUCGUAAAUGAAUGUAUCUUCGAGAACGAAGUAUUGACCAGCGCUCAGGGUGCUUUCAAUCUGCAAACCCCCACAUUAAUGUCCGCCUAUCUGAAUCUGCAUUAUAUAUGCGAAACUGGUUCACGCAUAAUUUUCCUUAGCAUAUAUUGGAUGCGUAAAAUAGCAGCAUUCGAUCAACUCGAUGCGCGUACGCAAAUCAAAUUGUUACGAGCUAGCUGGCCUGGGUUGCUUUCGAUAGCUUUGGCGCAGGUGCGAAGUCUUUCAAUUACCACAAUUAUCACCACACUCGUGGCAAAUGUACGACAAUUGGCAGAGGUUGACAAGAUCGAACCACAAAAAAUACGAAAACUCAGUGAGCACAUAGCACGCAUACAUUCCUACAUUCAAGAGACGCUAGCAUUAGAUUUGGAUGAUAUGGAAUUUGCUUUUCUUCGUCUCGCUAUUUUCUUUAAUCCCCAUAUGCUGUUGAGAAAGCGUGAACGCAUUGUGCGAGAUUUUGUGCGUCGUGUACAACUAUAUGUAUUAUCCAGUCUUCGGAAACAUAUCGCUAGCCAAUUGGAUGACGAGCAACAAGCAGAGGAACGUUUUAGUACACUAAUAAUCACACUUUUACCACUAGCUGCCUUAGAAUCAGACGUUAUCGAAGAAUUAUUUUUUUCCAAUUUAAUAGGGCAAGUGCAAAUCGACAACAUGAUUCCCUAUAUUUUAACACUGAGCGCUAAUACUAGCCUUUAACUUCUAUACUUCUUUUAAACCAUAAAAUAUCGUCGUGGUUUCGUCAACUGUUAAAAGAGUAGCAAAUUUAACUAGUUUGUUUCGGAGAAUGCCAUCACAUUUAUCAAUUUAACAAGAUGGACAGCACCUUCGUUUAGCUUGUAUGUGUUUGGAGGCGAAUGGCGUAGUACUUAACUGAUGUCAGGCAAUCCUGUGAAGUCCUCAAAUACACAAGUCUUCUUUUUUGAGAAAGCACGCUGCUUAUAUUCGCCGUUGAAUAAUUGCAAUGUUGGAAAAUACGUACAGUUUAAAAGGCUGCAACCCUAACAACGAACUAUAAAAGAGUCAAGUCUUCACCUAAGUGCAAGCAGAAAUCUUAACAUCUGCUGAUGCUUACUUUAAAGAAAAUGAAAUAUAUAUAUAAGUGACAAUAAUAAUAGACUGAAAGUAAGAAAUAUGAGAGAUGAAUAUAACGCUUUUGGCUUUUAUAUUUGUGGGAAGUUUCUUCCAACCAGAAGAAAAGCCCAUGAGAGUGAAAUUUAAAAUUUCACUUUGUUAAUAAAAAAAUUUUAGUGCAAAUAUCAAAGAUCAGAUCUUUGCAAUUACAAUUAAAUAUGACUUUUUACAUUAUUAGGCAACGCCCAGUUAGGGUAAAGCUAUGUCAUAGAAUUAAGUGGAACAUACAAAUAAUGCGCAUUUUUAGUUUGCAAUAAAAGUUAACUUUUUUACAAAAGAAAAAAA